AAUGAUAUCUGGCUUUCUUCAGACACUUAUUUUUUUUCUGUGUGGAAGAUCCCGGAACCGGCUUUUCAUGAUGACUGAGGUUGUCUGUCCUUGGCCAAGGAAGUUUGGUAGGCAGCCCGUGGAGGAUAGUAGAUGACUGCGGUGGUGCUUUUACUAUGGGCGCUAUUGGAGGUGGCAUCUUUCAAGCUAUCAAGGGCUUUAGAAAUGCUCCAGUGGGAGUGAAUCACAGGCUGAGAGGGAGCCUUGCGUCUAUUAAAACCAGAGCUCCCCAUAUAGGAGGUAGCUUUGCUGUUUGGGGUGGACUGUUUUCAAUGAUUGACUGCAGCUUGGUAAAAAUGAGAGGCAAAGAAGACCCUUGGAAUUCCAUCACAAGUGGUGCCCUUACUGGGGCUGUGCUUGCAGCAAGAAAUGGCCCAGUUGCUAUGGUAGGAUCAGCAGCUAUGGGGGGCAUCCUUCUUGCCUUGAUUGAAGGAGCUGGCAUCUUACUAACCAGAUUUGCUUCUGCUCAGUUUCCAACAGGUCCCCAGUUUGCAGAAGAUGCUUCACAGUUGCAGCCAUCUGCCUUUGUAGAUUACCGGCAGUAUCAGUGAUGAACCGUAUUGUACUGUUUCAUCCCACAUUUUCCAUGUGCCAAUCAAUCAGCACAGAACACAGCAUAAGCUACAUGGGUCUGUAGCAGAGACAUUUCUUUUAUGGAAUGCUGCAAAAAGAGCAAUUGUGGGGAAGAAACUUGCCUCCUUUUUGGAAAGGAAUGUAUAUGUUAGUAAUUUAAGAAAUUAUUGUAAAUAAAUAUGUCUGGAAACUAUUCAUAGUUUUUUUUUUAACAGAGAAGUGUACCUUUGAUUAUCAAGCCAUUGUUGUGUAGAAAAGUAAAAAAAAAAUAAUUUGCAGGUCCAUUGUGUUAAACUGCAGCUGUAUUAACUUUGUAUAUUGCUGGGCUCUCAGCAUUUUACUAGAGUGGACUACAGAUUUAAUCAGACUGAUAUCCCUAGAUCUGUAAAAUCCUAGUGUAGGUGUUUACAGCUUUGUUUUGCUAGUGACUGCAUGCUCUAUUCUUGUGAGCACGAACACUUUCCAGUAGCUCUAAACCAUUAUAGCUGUACAUACCUCAGAGUGUAUUUUUUGUAGAUCAUUUUCAACUUGAUAAUGCACAUUACUGACUAAAUUUCAGUGCUUAUUCUGCAUUAUGAGAAUUUCUGUAGUGUUUAUUCUUGUAAGUAAUGCAGAACAACGUCUUGUAUAUAAAAUUGUCUGUACUCAUUCCUGUAAACUAAGGUUGUGAGUUAUUGUUUGGAUUUAGCCAGCAUAUUUACGUGAAUGUCUGUAAAAUAAUGUUAAUGCAGAAAUGUAUACAAUUUAUUUGGAAAUAUCAGAAUGUAUCUGCUGUUCCUGUCCAUUCAUAAAGAGACUGUCACAAUGCGUUUUGCAGUGCAUGCAUCUUGCUAUUAAUGUUGGAAUACAUAUGCCUGGCAGUAAGUUUAUAUUUGGUGUCUAGAAUUAUUACUUCGUAUGGAAUUUUUCUGCCUGACUGGACAUAUCGAGAAGGCCUCUGGAUGGGUAUAUCAUUUGACAAAAUGAAAUAAAUACUUGUUUACA